UAUGCGUUAUGUAUGUAUAUUAAAAUGUACAUACCCCGCACACACAACUAAUCUGAAACAGGAAUAAUCCGGAAAUCAACAGUGUCGUGUAUGCCAAACAGCAACAGCAAGACGAGCGACGUGAGACAAGACAAGAAUAAAAAUCAAAACAAUCGGCUAAGAGCAACAUCGGCACCCUUAACUGACACUCCAACAAACGACUGAGUGACAAACCAACCAUCCAUCCAACCCGACCAUGGCCACUGCCAAUGCUAUGAGCAGUAGUUGUCAGAGCAUCGCUGCUGUUACAAACAUGUCCACCAGCGUUGGUGGUUGUUUACGUUCCAACAAUGGCAAUGGCAAUACAACUCAGUAUGUCAUGGGUACCGGUAGUUUGGGUCGACUCAAGCUGAAAACGUUGGGCGCCAGUGAUGAAGAAUUGGAUUUUGCCCAGUUAUCUCAAUCGACCCAUAUUUUGGGACGUGUUAAAUCGGAACGUUUUCUAUCAUCUAAAGUGGAUGAGGAUCGUCGACGUCGCACCAUAAUUGUCGAGAAGAAAAAUGAUUCCUUUGGCUUUACGCUGCAAAGUUAUGGCAUACAUUACAAAAAGGACCAGGAGGUGGAGAUGAUAACCUAUGUGGACUAUGUGGAGUAUGAUGGACCGGCCUAUAAGGCGGGUAUGCGGGAGGGAGAUGUGAUAUUGUCGAUAAAUGGCCAAAAUAUGGAGAAGGCAGACCACAAGACGCUGGUGGAUUUUAUAAAAAGUUGUGAUUCCAGGAUGCGUAUGGUGGUGCUUUUCGAGGAUUGUGUGCGGAAGGUCAAUUUACACAUGCGCUAUAUCCAGUUGCAAAAUCUUCUGCAAAAUAAAAUGAAUGAGCUGGAAAGGAUCUGUGUGCGCGAACGAGAGCUGCUGGAGGGCAAGUGGAAGACACACAGCCUGCCGGCCCGCAAAAAGGCCACCACUGCCACAGAGGGUGGCACGGAGACAGGAAACUCUCCCACAGACACUGAGAUAAAUUUACCCUACUAUCGCCCAGCCUUGUCCACCGAAGAUUUUACGAACAUAGCUCGUCAAUCAUCGCAACAAACAAUAAUACCACCACCGGCCCAAUAUAUGUUGUCCUAUCAGUAUUUUGAUCCCACAUAUCGUUAUGUCCUGAAGCCUUCGAUUUCCACCACCAGCAGUGGUGAUUGUUUUGUGACAAUAGGAGAGCCAUUGAGUCGGGCCCAGUCGGGUGAUACCACAACGGCGGGGCCGACGUCGCAGCACUUCACUAGCCAAAGGCGGGCCAGUGUUUCGCAGACACCGCCAGCUCCACCGCCCAGGACCUGUGAGAAACACAAGCCACCAAAUAAACAACAACAGCAACAACAACAGUCCAUACCACCCAAACAGGAGGGGUGUUCGGCUCAAAAAUCCACCAAGGCUGGCAAACAUUGCCAUGGACGUUCCUGCAAUCCCUGCAUUGAUUUCCGUUGGAAAUCCUCAGCCAAAACGGCCGCCCUGGCUGCCUCGGGCAAUGGUGGUGGCGGUGGUGAUAAUGUCAGUUUGGAUGCCUAUGAUUUGGCCAGUCCCUGUUGUGACACACAAUGUGUACCCAGUCGGCGGCAUGUCCGUCAUCAUCACAAGGAACACAGUCACAAGCAUAAACAUCGUGAUCGUGAGCGGGAAAGUGAGUCCAAGGAGAGGCCACCGCGGCCCAAGUCACAGAGUCAUGUCUCACCGGGACCGGCCACAAGGCAUCAUCAUCAUCGCCAUAUCGGCCAUGAGCCGGGGCAUCAUCAUACCGCUGCCCAACAUUAUCAGUAUUAUGGUACAGGCCAACAACAACAGCAGCAACAACAACAACAAUCGAUUUCCAGUCAACAUCAAAAAUCAGGACAUGGCUGUGAUUCCCAUAGCGGUAGCAUAAGGUCGAGAUACUUUGAUUUGGCCUCAGGGCUGGCCAGCCACUGUAGCCUACACUCCUGUACAUCCAGUGAGUUCCAGCAACCGGAUACGGCUUCCUAUACCACCUCGAUAAGUACCGACACGCUGUUCUAUGAUCCGAAUAGUGAAAAUCCAGGAAUGGCCUCAAGGCAGCAUUCCACAAAAUCAAGGCAGUCCACCUGUCAGCAACAACAUCAGCAGCAGCAACAACAACAGCACCAGCAUCAACAUCAUCACCAUCAGCAGCAGCAGGGAGAGCCACAAGGAGGUCCCACACCACAUCAUCAUCACCAUCAUCACAGCCAACAGCAGCAUCAGCACCAUCAACACCACCACCAUCAGCAGCAGGCUCAGCAACAGGCCCAGCAACAGGCCCAACAACAGGCUCACCAACAACAUCAGGCCCAAUACAUGCAUCACAUGUACCAACAGCGUUACCAUAUCACCGCCACCCAGAUACAGCCAGCCCAGAUUUUCCCCAACACCGCCUAUGUCCAUAAACCCAAGUCCUGGGAUAACCUGACCGCUGCCAAUUUGGGGGCCUAUGGCUAUGGUUAUGGCUAUCUGGACACGGUGGCCAUGAAACCCAUUGUCAAUUUACAAAUUGCCCAACAACGUCAUUCCAUACCCCGGAAAAAUCCCUAUGGGCGAUACUCGGCCUAUACCGAUGUGGAGAACUAUGCCCCGCCACCCACGGAGUUCUUGGAACAGGUGACGACCACCACAACCACCAUAACUGCCAAAUCAGCCGAAGACAUAUUGGCGUCGCCCGGUACGGGACCUCCGUCGGCAAAUCCCUGUGAAUGUGCCAACUCGCAACAGCAUCAGCAGGCCAUAAAAAUGGCCCAAAUGCAGAUCAAUCAAAGUCAUGCCGCUGCCGCCGGUCAUCACAACCAAUGUCAAAUGGGUUACUAUUCCCAUUUGCCCCAGCCGAAGACAGAUGCCGCCACCUCCACUGCAGGUUCUCCACAAACGGCCGCCAAUGCUGCCACAGUCACCGAGGUGACACGUUUGUAGGUAUCGCUUGUUUAGGUCAAUCAUAGCUGCAAUUGGCCUAAAUGAUGGAACUGAAAAAAUAGCGAAAUGGAAAGCAGCAUCAAAGUUUUUUUCCUUGUGAUCUCAAAGCGAUCUCGAAUAAAUUAGGAGUAGAUCAAGGCUUUCUUUCGACAAAAAUAUUCAAAAGAAAGAUGGAAUAGAAAAAUAUAACCAAAUGCCUCUUAGCAUAGAAAGGGGACGCCAUUGGGGAUGAGAAAAUCGAUUUAGGAAAAAUUGAAUUUCAGUAUUGAAGUAUCUAGCCGCCUAAAAAUAUGCAAUUAUUAUUAUCUCAUUACUUUCAUCAAAAAAGUAAAACUAAAAUUGAAAUCGACUUUGGGUGUCUAAAGACUAGUUUCCA